UUUGUGAUAAUCACGCCCAGUGUUGUAUUUUUGAGUUCAAACUACAUUUGCGCGUCGUCUCAUAAAUCAUCUUAAAAACAAUUUACAUCUUUUUCCGUCGUAAAAUUUGCCGCAUCGCAGCAUCCAAGCAUCAAGAUGGAAACGCCGCAAGGCAAGCUGCGUAAUUUGCAUGUGGAGAAUAUACAGAACUUGAGCACACCGAUUCGCAUACCGCCAUCACCAAUGCUGAAGACCCUGGGCUAUGGCACCGGCGUAAACGUUUACCGCCUGGAUCGCUCGCCCCGUCUUGGCCAUCCCCGUUCCCCGUGGGCAAUCAAGCGUAUAACCCAGCGUACGCUGGCCAAAAAGGAUACUAGUUUCAACGACCGCAUUAUCCAUGAGGCGAAGAUCUUGCGAAAACUAAGCCAUCCCAACAUUGUUGGUUUCCGCGGCGAGAUGCAGACGGCCGCUGGCGUGAACAGCCUGGCCUUGGAGAUGUGCAAUACCUCACUGGGCUCGAUACUGGAAGAGCGCUUCGAAGAGGAGCUGGGGCCGCUGGACGCUAAUCACAUCUUCAAAAUGAUGAUGGACGUUGCCAAGGCGCUGGACUAUCUGCACACCGAAGCCAAGUUGCUCCACGGCGACCUCAAGUCUUUUAAUGUGCUCGUGAAAGGCGAGUUUGAGAUCUGCAAACUCUGCGACUUUGGAGUUUCUCUGCCUCUAGACGAAAAAAAUGAGGUGAAAUUAAGUGAGGAAUAUGGUCUUCGCUACGUGGGCACCACUCUGUGGUCCGCACCAGAGGUUAUUGACCAAAUGGAUACAAUUGACAGCAAGGCUGACAUCUUCAGCUUUGGCCUUGUAAUCUACGAAACAUUGGCACUCGUGCCGCCGCACACUCUCAUGCUGAAUGAUACCGGCGAUGGCGACGAGGGCUGCGAUGAAAGCGGUGUUGGCUGCCUUAAGGACGACUCCAUUGUCGAGGUGAACAGCUUUCUAGAACCGGCCGACGACAAGGAGAACGAUCCUGUUCUGAAUAGCCUGGAGACGGCAUAUGGAACACGACCACCCCUACCAGAGGCCUUCGAGCUCAGCGACGACUACAACACCAUCGUCGAGUUAUUCUACCUGUGUACGAAUGAUUUGGGCGAGGAUCGCCCUACGGCCCGCACCAUCUUGGAGUGCCUCCCGAAUAAUGCGCCCAAUAUAGACAAGUCCAGCGAUUAAACAUGCUGCUCCUCCCAAUCCGCAUCCGCAUCUAACUUUCAACCUUCUGGCAUUUAAUGUUACCCAUGGUACAUGGGAUUAAAUUGCAUUUAUUUAGAAUCUAGAUGUAUCAUCUCCUUGGAAUUUACGUGUAUUUGAUUCCUUCACUAAAAAAUAAAUAAAUCUUUAAUCUAAAGCAUUAAGAUAAAUUAAGAUGGACCAGAAUAGUUUGGCGACCUUGGAUCAGAUAGUUGAUUAUAAUUUUAAUUUAAAUAUUGUACACCAAUUGGAGCAUUUACCGUAUAUGUGAGUGAGCUUAGUUGGAGCCAAAGAUGCGCUUCUAACCAGCGGCAUCAUCCUGCUGUUCGCCUAACUUGCAAAAUAAAAUAAAUUAGCAAUUUAGUGGAAUCUGAUAGCUCACAUCCUUAUUUUUGAGCUCAUCGGAAUAGUCUGAGUAAAAUAUAUAUCCGAAAAGAGCAAAUAAAGAUGCAAUGACCUUUUUAAUAGGAACUACA